AUGGCGCGCCAACAAGAGGAGUUUGACCUGGAGGGGCGAAGGGAGGCAGCCAGCAUGUAUGCAAGCAGGUGGCUGACGCUCAGCGCAUCAACACUGCUGCAAUGCUCGGCCGGGGUCUCCUACUGCUUCAGCAUUUACAGCAGCCAGCUGAAGGAUGCCCUGGGCUACAAUCAGACCCAGAUCGAAGGACUGGCAUCCCCUCUUGUGGCCUUACUCGUGGUCGGCUGGCUUCCGGGCUUUGCCUAUGACCGCCUGAAACACAGGAGGCAUCUGGGCCCCAGGCUGGUGCUGCUGUGGGGGCUGACGGAGCACUUCUGUGGCUAUUUCGGGCUGUGGCUGGCGGCUUCAGGGCGGCUGCAGCUGCCCUACUGGGCCAUGGUGGGCCUCACAGUCAUGGCCUUCAAUGGCAGCAACUGGAUCGACACUGCCUGCAUCGCCACCAACGUGCACAACUUCCCACACGAUCGCGGCACCGUCGUGGGUGUGCUGAAGUCUCUGGUUGGCCUGAGCGCGAGCGUGUACACGAGCAUGUACGUGGCAGCCUUUCGCCCGGACGCGCUCUCAUUCCUGCUGCUCAUAGCCGUGGCGCCCACCGCGCUGGGCCUCUGCGCGAUGCCGCUCUUCAACGCUCUCCCGGAGGCGACCGCCGGCACUGAAGACGAGAAUGCCAAGGCCACAGGAGUGCGCUUUGGGGUGGCAUACAAUGUGGUAAUCACCCUGGGGCUGUACCAGCUGUGCACUUGCGGCCUCCUAGGCGCGCACAACAGCCCCGGGCCAGUAGUCAGGCGCGCAUCACUUCUGGGUGCCAUGCUGGCGGGGCUGACGCUGUUGCUGGCACCACUGCUGUUCCUGUGGGUGUCCUCCGGCCGCCUGCUGCUCCCUGGUGGUGCACCUGGCCAGUGUGGGGACGAGGAAAAGACUGCAGAGGUGUGCGGUACCGGGGUGGUACAGCAGGGGGCAUGGGCGCGUGUUGAGAUUGGCAGGCGAGAGCAUAAAGGGGGCGCAGAUCUGCAGGCACCUCUGCUAGGGCCUCAGCUGGCGCCUGAUCAAAGUGGGGGCAGGGAUGGAGAGGUGGGGGAUGGUGGGGCCAUGGAGGCCAGCAAGGCAGGGGCGGUUGGGGCGAGUGUCGGGCUUGCACAGCCGAAGCCCAACCUGAAGCUGUGGGAGUGUGCAGCCUCGCUCAACUUCUGGCUGCUCUUCCUGGUGUUCGGCGUGGGCACAGGCAUCGGCCUGAUGUUUGUGAACAACCUAGGGCAAUUGGUGGAGUCCCUGGGCGGCGGCAGAGAUGGGCAGGAUGUGCUGGUCUCGCUCUUCUCUGUCUUCAGCGCAGCCGGCCGCCUGGCGUGCGGCUCCAUACCCGAGCGGCUGCUGCACAGCUAUGGGCUGCCCAGGACGCUGUUUCUGGUCGUCGUCUCGGCCCUGACGGCGGCAGUGUGUGCGCUGAGCGCGCUGUCGCGGCUGGCGCUGCUGUGGGCGGCCGCGCCGGCUGCGGGCUUUGCCUUCGGCUGCCACUGGAGUCUCAUGCCGCCGCUGGCUGGGGAGCUAUUUGGCAUGCGCAACUUUGCCACGCUCUAUUGCCUGCUGCAGUUCGGGACCACCUUUGGGACCUACGCGCUCGCCACCCGGCUGGCGGGCGGUAUGUAUCAGUUGCACGCCGAAAGGCAUGGGGACGAUGGGGAUUCCCUGCUCGGCUGGUGCUAA